CACGUCCUAUGCCAUGAAACGUCAGAAACCAUGGCACUAGCGAACACCCAUCGGGACUUUUACCGUCCGCCUGACUCCAGAUCCCACGAACCUAGGUCGGGUAAAGAAGUAUAAGAUCUAUAAUUAAGACCAUCAUCUAUAUUAUACAAGAAGAUAAGAUCGUUUAACGCAGCGUGUCUGCACACCCGGCCGCGGCACUCGAUUGGCACCGUGGCGCCCUCUCUUAUCCUCUAAAACUAUUAGUACUUAUUUAACAAAGCUGAUUUGGUCAGUACUUGCCUACUUUUAUCGUCUCAAGAUUGAAAAAAAAAGUAAUAAAUAUUCAUAGGCGUACCUUGAAUUUCGAGAAUACUGUACGCAAACAUUGCUAAAGCUUCCGGGACGAAUAAAAAAUCGUCUUUUGAUCGAGCGCCUACUGAUACUUUAGUACAUAUAUUUAAAUUGAAGGUGAUUGUGUGGCAUUUUAUUGUUAAUAGUUCGUUGUUAGAAGAGUAGGUAUAUAAACAUCAUUGGUUGCGAAUAAGGCAUCAGUCGAUCCUAAUCGGUCAGACAAAACAAAUCAACACAGACCACAAUGUUCAAGCUGGUGGUGUUGUUCGCUUCUGUGGCUUUGGCAGCGGCCAAGCCUGGCGUGGUGGCUCCUGUGGCCUACAGCGCGGCGGUGCCAGCCGUGAGCUCCGUGUCUCAGUACAGCAGCAGUGUGGUGCAUGGUUCCCCUGUGGUUCCUGCCGUGUACUCGGCAGCUGUUGUACCCGCUGCAUACAGCGCUGCCGUGGUUCCCGCUGUCGCCCCCGCUGUGGUUCCCGCUUACGGCUACGGUCUGUCCCAGGCCCCCCACUCACCCGCCGUCGUCCUGGAUGCCGUGAAUGGAGUCCCCCUCGACACGCCUGAGGUGGUCGCCGCCCGUGCCGCCCACUACCAAGCGAAAGCUCUGUCUGGCCAUCACCUGCGCAAGCGAUCCGUCGCUGCUGUUGCUCCCGUGGCAUACAGCUCGUACGUGUCUCCUGUUUCCGCCGUUGCUUACUCCUCUCCCGUCGUUUCUCCUUACUCUUCCGUUGUUUCCCCUUACUCGGCGGUAGUUUCCCCUGUGUCUUACUCCGCUGUAGUCCCUAAGGCUUACAGCGUCCAUCCCUGGUAAAUACCCACUGUAAACUACCUAGAUCCUGUAUACGAGUGUGACAUAUACCUACACAAUAAGUUCAAAUUUGGAAAUAAUAAAUGGACCGUUUGAUCUA